AAAGACACGUGAUCACGUAUGGAGAAAAAAAUCAGGAAAUCCACAAAAACGAACACUUCACACUUUUGAGCAGAUGGCGUGCUAUGACUCGUGUAAGACCGUGGAGGAGGACAGUUAUGAGGACGAUGGUGCGGGAGAGCUGUCUGAAUGCGCUCUGGCCAUGUUGGAGAAGGAGCGUGAGUCCCUCCUGAGCCCGUCGGAGGGGCCCGGGACCCUCUUGGGAAGCAGCAGCAGUCUCCCGACUCCGGCCCCACAGCAGGGCUACGACGUAGAGUUCGACCCCCCUCUGGAAAGCAAGUACGAGUGUCCCAUCUGCCUCAUGGCCCUCCGCAACGCUGUCCAGACGCCCUGCGGACACAGAUUCUGCAAGAACUGCAUUGAGAAAUCCAUACGGGACACAGGACAGAAGUGCCCAGUGGACAAUGAGAUGCUCUCUGAGGACCAGCUGUUUCCAGAUAACUUUGCCAAACGAGAGAUUCUGUCCCUCACCGUGCGCUGCCCUUACCCCGGCUGCUCACACAAGAUGGAGCUUCGAACUUUAGAGAACCACCUGUCUGUGUGUGAGUUCUCCACCCUCCCCUGCCCUCACUGUCAGAGAGCAGUGAGGAAGAGCUUUGUGGAGCAGCACAUUGAAGAGGAGUGUCCCCGCAGACCUGUGUGCUGCCCAGACUGUGUAACCUAUUACAUCUAUGAGGAGAGACAGGUCCACGAGCAGCAGUGUCCCUUUGCCAGUGUGACAUGUCAGUACUGUGACAUGGACCUCGUCCGAGACCAGAUGGAAUCCCACUGUGACACUGAGUGUCCAAAGGCACCCAUAGCAUGCAACUUUAGUAUUUUUGGCUGUAAGGAAAGGAUGUUGCGGCACGACCUUGCCCAGCACAUGCAGGAGUUCACUCAGAUGCACAUGAGGUACAUGGCAGAGUUCUUACGAGGCCUGAGUGUGAAUGGCACCAGGACUCGAGCUCCCAGACUGCAGUGCUCCUCUGCCUCUGUAGAGGAGCCAGGGCCCUUCUCCUGCGCAGUGAGACUGACCAGCUGUAACGGCGCAUCAAGUCAGCCCAGCGAGGAGAUGCAGAGGCUGCGGGAGAUGGAUGCCCGACUAGUGAAGCAGGACCACCAGCUGAGAGAGCUCAUCAUACUCAAGGAGACACAGACAGGCCAACUGGCAGAGCUGCGUCGUAGGGUGUCCAUGCUGGAGGAGACGGUGAAGGAGCUGGAUGCACAGCAGUGUCAUGGAGUGUUCAUCUGGAAGCUGCGCAACUUCUCUGCUCUGCUGAAGACCCAAGAGGCAGGCCAGCCUGUGGUGGAGCACAGCCCGGGCUUCUACACCGGUCGUCCUGGGUACAAGCUGUGUCUGCGGCUGCACUUGCAGACGCCCAACGCCCCACGCUGCUCCAACUACAUCUCCCUCUUCGUCCACACCAUGCAGGGCACCUUCGACAGCCAGCUGUCUUGGCCCUUCCAUGGCAUCAUCCGCCUGGCAAUCCUGGACCAGGGACCAGAGAGCCAGCACCACAUGGAGAUGAUGGAGACCAAACCAGACCUGCAGGCCUUCCAGAAGCCCACCAUCCAGCGCAACCCCAAAGGCUUUGGCUAUGUCACCUUCAUGCACCUGCACCAGCUGCACCAGAGGGCCUUCAUUAGGGACGACACGCUGCUCAUCCGAUGUGAGGUCACCCCACGCUUUGACAUUGGACACAGGGAGGGGCCCGCAGUGCAGUCCCGGGGCCCUGAGGCUCCUGCUGCUCGGGACUAAGGACAUAUAACCGGACUGUGGCCUCUAUCACAUGGGACUAGACAUACACCCUCACUGUCCUGCUCGGGACUAAAGACUGUGGCCCCUGCUGCUUGAGACUAAAGGGGCCCAAGCCUUCACUGACCAUUACAGAGGAGUCUCUUUUAGCUCAGUACAAAAGCACUGUAAAUGCUUUGACCGCUUUACUGUUACGUUAAAUUUUUUUUCUAAUAUAAGAGAAAGUACCAGAGACUGGAGACUAGUGCGCUCUUGAUUUUCCUUUUUGAUAUCUUUAAAGGAUCAGCCCAGAGGCCUUGAAACAAGCAUGUUUCUCCAGCUAAAUGAAUGUAAGUAGAGGUGUGAGUAGAAGCCUGUCUGGGCCAUGCACUGGCUGAUGUGAGGCCUCUGUCCUCAGUCACAGCUCAACAGUCAGGCCUGUGAAGCCAGGACCUUCAGAGCUGAAGUUUCAUUACAUAUGGUAUAUUUUACUGUUCCUCUCACUUCCAAGAAAACAUCCAAGGCUCUGACACACAAUCUUUACACAAAAAGAAAAAUAUGACAAUAUAGUGUUUGAAUAAAAUGGUGUCUUAAGGACAGCAUCCUGGCACUGUCACUAAUCCACAGCACAAAUGCACACUUUAUGCACGCUGAAUGUGUUGCUCUCUUCGCUCUUUAGGUCUGGACUCUAAGUGUUUUUCCAUGGGCAAUCUCUAGAUGAUUAUACUUUUCAGUGUGUCUGCAUGUUUGUCAUUGGCUGUAUUUUAUGCACUGUAUAUUAACAGUGUAAUGUUUGUGUAUUUUUAAUUAAACCAUUAAUUAAUUAAACCAUUUCCAUUGAACUAACUUUAGUUGUGGAAAUUACACAGGAUUGUUUUUAUGUUAAUGAAACUGUGUGUACCAUUUGGCUCAUGUUUUGGUCCUCAUUGGUUCAGAGUUAACUUUGAACCUCAGAGUAGUGGUUUAGGAGGAGUCCUGGUUUAGCUCUGGUGGCACAGGAUAAUUACUAAUGUUUUUUUUCUUUUUUUUUUUUCACAUUUUGAGUUAAGUUUAAUUUCUCGUUUACCUUGUACUGUAGAUUCUCAUCAAUGAUCCAGAUAUAAAAUAAUCAUUUAUGAAUUUAUGAACAGCAUUUAUUAAAAUUUGAAUAAAAAAACAAAUCAAUAAUCCAAAUGUUAAAGGCACAAUUAAAUAUAAGAGCAUGAUAAUAAAUAAAAACAUGUGAUGAUUUCUCUGCAGU